AUGGAACAACAUGUGGGUCCCUUAGAAGCAAGCCUUGUGCGGCAAUUACUGAGCACAAAAGAAGAUGCCUGGAAAAAUUUAGCGCCCGCGGUUGUCGAAUUGGUGACCGUACAGAUGGACCAAAUCUGGCAGCAAACAGGAAGCCUUCAACUCCAUAGAAAUGAGCAGGACGAAAUACGCUUACUCUAUCUCUUACAUCGUUGUCUAAAGACACAUAAAGUAACCCCAAAAACAAUCAUGCAGGUCUGCGCAUGCUUUCUCACCUCCAGCGACACCGUCAAGAACCUUGCUUGGUCGUUUUGUAAGGACUCUGACUCGGAUGGAAUGGCUUUGCAGUUUACACAGUACUUUCAAAGAUUUGAAACUAUCUUCUCCAUUGACCUUUGCCGUCUCUUUACCGUUUGGACUGCAGUGCAUUGCAUGACCUCCUCUGUAUAUUAUCCCGCCUUACUCGACCUCUUACCCAUUCUUUCCAAAGUUGUCCAACAAAACAUAGAUAAUCCUAAUAAUGUUGCAGAGAUGGAAAAGGAGUUUUGGCUAAAGCGCCUUGUUCAGCAUUGCCUUUACCAUGCUUCCGAUUCAUCUUUACUCUUCUACCUAGAAAUGUUUUUAGAUUCCCAUGAACUGCAACAGUGUCUUGCCGUCAUCUUGGAGGAUCACACACUUUUGAAGCGCGUUAAGGAUAACGGCAACCCUGAAAUCCGCAUGAUGCUGGACAACGCCCUUAAGCAUUACAGACAAGCACAAGCGAAACAAGCUUCUGCUGUCUCCCGUGACACUUCUAAUACUUUUGGCGUCGACUCAAAUGACAUUCAGAAUCUUGUCGAACUUUUCCCUCAACUGACCAUAGAAGAAGCUGGUGACUAUUUAGCCCACAACAAUGGUCAAAUGGACCUGGCUUGUGAAGCCAUUUUAACCAACUCGACUGUUGAUGCAUCCUCUUCUUCCUCUCAUCCUUCUGCACCUUCUGCACCUUUGAAACUAAAUGAUACUGUCAAAGCAGUCAUCCCCAACCGUGAUACUUCCUCUUCUAAUGUACAAUCUUCCCAAGAGCAAGAGCGCUUAGAUCUUUUAAAUAUUGAUCCAGAGAAUAUUUACGUAAACAAGAAACCAGAAGAUGCCGAUUUCUGGAAGUCUUCUGCUUCCAGCAACCAAAAAGCGAGAAUUUUUGACUUGCUUGCUUUGGCUGAAGAUGAUGAGUAUGAUGAUACAUACGAUAACACAGAUGCAGUUGUGCCCGUGGAUCCUGGUGUUCAGGACGAUAAUCCAGAAGCAGCUCCCAAUAUUGCCCACGACUACCAGCGCUAUAUCAAUCAAGUGCUUUUGAGUGCUUUUGAGAGAGAUCCCAUGCUUUUUGAACAAAGCGCUAGAAAAACAAAAGAACGUGCGGAUCUUAUCAAGCAAGUCGAUAAUGCUAUGACUCAUGAACAAAUUGAAGGUUGGCGUCGUAUGUUCACCAAAGAUACCAAGUUUGCGUCUCUCAUCAAACGUGAAGUCCAGUUUGAAACUGGAAACCAAAACGCUGGGUCUCUCAACCGCUCCAAAUACCGAAAAUCAAAUGACAAGACCGAAGAAACUGUCGAGAAACCGUCCACCGCUAGACCUUCAAGACCUCCUCCCAACCCAGCAUUGGCAAAAAAGAAAUAUGUUCGACGAAAACCAACUAAAUCGUCUAAUGAAAAAAAAUAA